AGUAUUUAGAUUUUGAUUUUGUUUUCGUUAAAUAAUGUUUCUCAUUUAAUGAGAACUUAGUUUUCGUUUUAUGCUUUUAUUUAUUUGGUUUUCUUUUUAUCAGUAAAUAUGUUUACUUUUCGUUUAAUUUUGAAUGAUCACGGUUAAUGUUCCUUAUUUUUUAAUCGAUUUUACUUAAGUUUUGGUCACAAAAUAGGUACAAAUCAGGUAUUUUAAAACUGAAGAACCGAUUUUACUCAUGUUUUGGUUAUAAAAUAGGUAAAAAUCAGGUACUUUUAAACCAAAAAACCGAUUGGGACCCGAACCCAAAAGUAUAUUGGGUUGUACCGGUUCUUUGAAGAUUUACUAACCCCGACCCGAAUCCGAUAGAACCCAAACCGGUCCCGAACCAAACUUUCAUAUAAUCCGAAUGGGGCUGAUUUUGAUAAACCCGAAAAACCAAAACCCGAUUGGAUAAAACUGAAACCCGAUUGGGACCCCGAAUGCCCAGACCUAUUAAAUCCGUUGUGGCCGGGGUUCAAACUCGUGAUGGCGGAACUCGUGAUGGCGGCCACCUCAGCCGAGGUUCCUUUACCACCAGACCACGAGGCCCGAUUGACGUGCAUUACUUGUAUCACCACACUUGACAUACGUACAUAAGAGAUGUCACCAAGCAUGAGUUCAACUCUAUGCCAGUCUUGAUCAAACAACCAUGGAACCACUUCCCUUUUAUGUAAAACACCGAGCUUCACACAACUGGACUUCUUUCCUCUUUGUGAGAUCCUUUUGAUGGUUCUCCUCAGUAGGUGGGUGUGAGGAGUUUCCUUUCUUCGGUCUUGUUAACUGAGUGGAAUGGAUUUCUGUGGCAAUGUGUGUUGAUGCCUGAGGGUGCAUCCGCCUCUUAAUGAGUUCUAUGUGUCCCAAUGGUCGAUGUUGAGAGGUGGCAAUAUGUUCAUCUCUUUACCCAAUAAAUGCAUUAGCGUGGUCUGACCUUGGUGAUGGUGUCUUUGCGGCAGUGGUUUCUCCGGUUUGGAGGUUUGUCUGGAUUAAUUGCUUAUUUUUUUUGAAGCGGGCACCAGGAAUUGGCCAAAUCUACCGGUUCGAUCCAACGACUGCAAUUGGUGUCUCUUGCUUCCUCUCCCUUCAGUCGUGCCUCCGUGGUUGAUGUCUUGCGUGGUUAGACUUCUCAGUGUUUCAGUCUAUUUGAUGUUGUCGUUCUUAGUUUAUUACGGUAUAUCUAUUUCUACUUACUAUGAUGUUCUGUCAAAACUUUUAAAAUAGUAAAUAAAUUUUAACAUUUUUACCAAAAAAUAUCUAUUUCUAUUUGCUAUGAUGUUCUGUCAAAACUUUUAAAAUGGUAAAUAAAUUUUAACAUUUUUACUAUAAAAAAACGCCUAGCUUUAUGUAAGCCGUAACUAUUGUUUUUUUUUUUUUUUUUUUUGCUAAAAAGCCGUAACUAUUGUUUACUUGUAAUUUACGUGUCAUUUAUAUUAGGGAAAAUUAUACAUUUACACUUUGUUGAGUACCCCUUUUCAAAUUUACACUCAGGAGGAGGACAUUUUCACAAAUACCUAAUUGUUUAGUAGCCGAAAGACAAUAAUAACCCUCGCAAUUUUAACCUUCUCUCUCGAAUCUCUCUAGCUCGCCAUCGACGGCGACGAGAUUACAGAGCUACGACGGCGAUUCUAGCAACGGCGACGACAAAAGGUCUUCUCUCUCACUAGUCACGCCGUCUCUCUGGAAAGAGCAUCCGGUGACGACGAAUAACAAUCAGACUAUACGAUUCAAAAUUUCAUCUCAAAAAAUGUCGUCUACUCCUCACGAUUCUCCUCUACACGAUUCUUCUAUACACGAUUCUCCUCUUCACGAUUCUCCUAUUCAUGAUUCUUAUCUUCACGAUUCUCUACAAGUAAGUACCUAAAUUAUUGUUUGUUUCAAGUCAUUUUUUGAAUUUGUUAUUUCUGUUAUAAGAAAAUAGAAGAACAUUGGUUGAGGAUUGUCAUGUUUCUAGUUAGAUCUAAGAGAAAUAGUAUCGAUAGUGAACAUUGAGUUUUUUUGAAAAAUUAUAAGCCUUUAUAAAUGUGGGUUUCAAGUAAUUAUAAAAUGCGUGAACUCAAGAAGUGUUGUCUUGUAUUGCAGUUGGAUAGCAACGAGUUUUGCACAACCUUGAAAUUGCCUGGGAGGGUUUAUGAAGCUGUAGAAACACCAGAUAAUCCCAAAGCGAUAAUCCAUCACUCAAAGAUUGAUUAUAUCGAGAAGGUGGAAGAUAUAUUAGAAAAAGAAGAGUUUUCUUUCAUAGAGAACUCUCACAUUGGGAGCAUUUUGGAGUUGGUUAAAAGGAAUAGGGUUCAAUUUUCAGAAGAGUUGUUCCAUUUUCUAAUGCAGCGAAGAGUAUUGACGCAAGGAGAGGAUCUCUGGUUUACUUUCUCGGACCAGCCUAUGAGGUUUUCACUAAGGGAAUUUCAUCUGACAACAAGCUUACGUUGUGAGGAAGAUCAGACAAUAACAGAGCCGCUGUUCAAAAUAAUGAAGAAGCCAUACAUUUGGAUGCUGGGCAAGAUUGAAAAGUUUACGGUGAGAACGUUAUAUGAAAUGUUUAAAAAGAAAGCACGAAGCAUGCCAACACUAGAAAGAUUAUCCCUUGGAACAGCAAUACUCACAGAAGCGGUAAUUAUGGCAGAAAACCCGAGUUCUAAAAUCCCGAGAGAUAGGUUGCAGCGUUAUAUGAACUAUCGCUCACCCAAGAUUGCUUGGGGUAAAACUGCUUAUAGAAUCUUGAUGAGAAGUGUAAAAAGUUUGAGUACAAGUUCCUGGACAGGAGAUAGUUAUGAAGUGAGUGGUUUUGCGCUAGCCAUAAAUCUGUGGGCAAUGUCAUCAGUGAAUGUGCUUGGUAAAUCUUUGGGAAAGCCAUGCGAGACACCCUCUUCUUCUGAUCCGUUGUGUCUACAUUGGGACUCAACAAGAACUCCGACAAUAGCUGAAGUGUUAGAGCUGGAGAAGAUAAACAAUGUGAGUUUUUAUAAGCGUAUAUAAAUAUAUUCGUAUUGUAUUGUUUGAAAAGUGGAUUUCUAGGGACUCCUUGAAAAGGUCCACAAAUCGGUGUCUUGUAGGAUUGUAAAUUUGACAUGUGUUUAUACAAGAUUAUAAAUGUACUUUUAUAAGGACUAUAUAAAUUAAUAUAUAAGAGGUUUACAUAGAUAUGUUUUAUUUAUUCUACAGGUUGAGGUUAGCAGUGAUUGGAUUGGCUGAGGAAUACAAACAUUUGGUGAGGGCAACACAUAGUGACGAUGCUGACUUUCACAGUGUUGUGAAACUAGUUCAACAAGGAUACAAAAUGAGGAGAAGCGAUUGGGAGAAAGGUUUUGUGGAUAUGUUUGUUGCAACAGAAGAUAUAGGUCAACAACGCAAGACAAAAGACGAAGAUGCAGAGCAUGGUGAAGAUCUGAACAAUAAUGAAGAUGAAGAGGAAAAGAAAGAUGAAGAGGAAAAGACAGAUGAAGAGGAAAAUAAAGAUGAAGAGUAUCAAAAGGAUAAGGAGCAAAGAAAAGAUAAAAAUCAUUCCAUGUCUAACAGCGAGAAACUUGAUAAGCUAAUCCAAAUGGUUCGUGAUUUGGAUAAGCGAGUAGUAAUGAUCCAGAAUGUUUUAGGAGUUAAGGUAACCAAUUCAAUUUUACCAAUUACUUAUCAAAUUUCGCGUGUUAUUCCUCUCUAAUGAUUUCACUUGUUUUUUUGAAGUUUAACGACAGUUCACCAAACAAAGAAGAUUGUGAAAAUGGAGCUAGUUCUGGUGAUAGAAGAAGUGCACAAGAUUAUCAAAAUGAAGAAGAUACAAUUAAUGAAGAAGCAAACUCUGAUGAUAAAAAAAAUGCACCAGAUGAUGAAAAUGAAGAAGAUACAAUUGCUGAAGAAGCAAACUCUGAAGAUACAAUUGCUGAAGAAGCAAACCCUGGCGAUGGAAGAAGUGCACUGGAUGAUGAAAAUGAAAAAGAGAUAUGUGAUGAAGAAGCAAAAUCUGGUACAGAGCAUCAAAGGGAAGAAGAGAAUAUUCUUGGGAAAAUUGAGACUACACAAAAAAUCACUCAAGACGAAGACACAGAAAAACUUGAAUCAGAAAGUUGCUUGAAACAAACGUCGCAGGUAUGAAUCUAAAACAGGAUAUAAAGGUUUAUAAAUUUUUUGAUUUAGUGAUAGGCAAAUUGAAUUUCUUAUUUCUUUUGUAGGUUACGUCGCCUACUCCAACAUUCAAUACUCCAAACUUUGAUACAAGGGUACAAAAUUAAUAUAUUUUAUAAGGCCUUGUAAAAGUUUAAUGUAUAUAGCAUAAACAUCUAAUUUUCAAAUAUUUUGUCUGAAGGUUUCAUCGCCUAAUCCAACAUUUACGUCUCCUAAGUUUGAUCUCCUUUCCCAAGAAAGUCAUAGUGGAAAGGAUACAAAUGAGGUAUUUUAUAAAGCUUUAUAAACUAUUUCAUGAUCGUUAAGGUCUCUUAAACAAUUAUAUAAAAACGAUUUGCAUGAAUCAGGUUCUUAUGAGAGAUGUUUAUGAGAUUCAUGUUUUCCAACCUCUAAUGAAUAUAAAAAGAGAUUGGUACAACAACACAGCCAGAUUUGUUUUCCAAAUUUUAUGAGUAUUGAUUUAUUUUAUAGACUUAAUAAUCCUUUGUAAAAAGGGGACUAUUUUUUUUGUUCUGUAGGUAAACGAAGAUGUUGAGCCUCCACUUCAAAAGAAGUUUAAAGCUGAUACAGAUAAUGUUCCGCUAAGAAGAAGUGAAAGAGGUCAAAUACCAUCCAUUCAUACACAACCACCGUUUACAGGAGCAAGGAAGAAACAUCCGAUUCUUCAUCCCUUUGAGCCAGUUGAUAAAACAAGAAAAGAAAAAAAUGAGAGAAUGGAAAAUGUCAAACAAAAGAAAGUAAGUUUUAUUUUAUAAGAAGCUAUAUAUUUCAUGAAACUAGAUAUCUACAUAAAAAGUAUGAGUGUCCAAUGUAGGAAGCUGAGAAUCAAUCAAGAGAUAGUAAACGCAAAGUGGUUUUCGGAUAUUGAAACUCCGGGAAAAAAACUUUCAAAAACGGUUAGACUAUAUGUGAACAAAAAUUCUUUAUAAUCCCUUAUAAAUUUAUAUUAAUCUUCUUUAUAAAACUAUAUGAUCGCUAUUCUGAGUAUUUGUUUUUUUUUUUGUUUCAGCAUAUUGAAGCAGGUUUUGAGUUGCUGAAACUGAGACAGAUAAACAAUCCAGAUUUGUUUCUGAACAAAACUGCCUUAGUUGUUGGAGUGAAGUUUCUUGAAGAAAUAGAUGAGUUUUAUAAUGAGUUUUUAGAUGACAAGAAAGGUUUCCAAUUUGGAGCAGGCUUUGACAAGUACAACAUAGAGAAGAAUAUCAACUUCCUCUAUUCGGCCAUUGCAGUAGCAGAGAAGUAUUGGCUUGGAGUUGUAAUCAACUUGGAGAAGAGAAAUAUCACAGCAUUCAAUUGUGCAGCAAUGAAGUUCACAGAUGCGAGUUUGGUCCCUUACGUUAAUGCAUAUGCGAUGGCUCUCCCAUUCAUGAUUCGCUACUUCUUCAAAGAUGUCAGCAUGGAUACAAGCAAGUUCUCGAUAAAAAUUGUAUCUGAAGGUUUCCCACAGGUUCUUAAAAUAGAAGACAGUGGAGUUUAUGCAUUGAAGCUGAUAGAGUGUCAUGCAAUGCGUAUAGUGGAUUUGACAAAGCUGAGUGAAGAAAAAAUUGCAAUCAUCCGAGAAAAGUUGGCGGUUGAUAUCUUCUCGGAAUUACAAUGAAUACUAAUGUGGGAAUGAACAAAAACUUUAUAGCUUGCUUAUAGUUAUGUGUGAACAACUAUCUGUUUUAUGCUUCAUCAACAGAUGGGCACC